GUUUCAUUUGCCGUUGUCCUGUCAAUCAAACGGGAAGACGAAUCGCUGCUCUGGGUGGGCGGGGACAUUUAAAGAGCGCCUGACAUAAAUUCUAGUGACAGCGGCAUUGCGCCGCUCAAUGGUUUGAGCACCUUGAUCUCGUCUGCGUAGUGCUGAAGCAUGAGUGGUGCCAGUUUUGCCAGUUAUCAGUUAAAAAGCCUAAAAUUAAGUAGCAAACCUGAUUAAACCAUAUGUUUACUAAUUAUAGAUAAGUAGCCUGCAUAUGAAUCUAAGCGUGCUAUAUUAGUAGCUACAUUAUUUGUCGUAAUGGGCAACCACGAAGUUGUGAAAUCGCUUAAUAUAAUGGGAGACAGUAACCAGAGUGGUGUAACCAACAGAUCAAUCAGUGAUCGCGAUCGCUUUAAAAGUCUGGAAGAUAUUGAUGUGUCCGCCGACGGGAGUCCGGUGUUGAGAUGCUUGAUCUCCAUCACCUACUCUGUGGUUUGCGUCGUAGGUCUGAUCGGGAACCUGUUGGUGUUCUUUUUUAUUCGCGUGAGACAAGAGAGACGCAUAUCCAAAAUAAACGUUUUCAUCCUCAAUUUGGCAGUAACGGAUUUCCAGUUUGUGUUGACUUUGCCUUUCUGGGCCGUGGACACGGCGCUGGACUUCAGCUGGCCGUUUGGUGACGCCAUGUGCAAAAUCAUCCUGUCGGUGACCGUGAUGAACAUGUACGCGAGCGUCUUCUUCCUGACCGCGAUGAGCAUCACGCGGUACUGGUCAGUGGCUUCAGCUCUGAAGGACCGCAGCAGACAGAGCAGCUGCUCCAUCAGGUGGGUCAGCGUCGUCCUGUGGUCCCUGGCCACCGUGGCCACCGCACCAACAUCCAUCUUCUCCACAGUCACCAACGUGGCCGGGGAAAAACUUUGUUUAUUGCGGUUCCCCGACGGACAGUAUUGGUUGGCAGUCUAUCAUCUCCAGAAAAUACUAAUCGCUUUUAUUUUGCCGAUGGCAAUAGUCUCGAUCAGUUACCUGCUGCUGUUGAGGCUCAUCCGACAGCGGAGCAUGAAGAACAACUCAAAACGAAGAACGCAAGUCACAAAGUCUGUCACCAUCGUGGUCUUGUCGUUCUUCCUCUGCUGGAUGCCCAAUCAUGCCAUAACUUUUUGGGGCGUGCUGGUGAAAUUCAAUGCUGUGCAUUGGGAUAAGUCGUACUAUAUCGUUCACACAUAUGUGUUUCCUGUGACUGUGUGCCUGGCGCACGCGAACAGCUGUUUAAACCCACUUAUUUACUGUCUUAUGCGCAGAGAGUUCAGGAAAAAACUGAAGGACCUGUUUCUCCGAGUCUGAGAAACAGGUGCAUGUGCAGGCGACUCUGUCCAGUGGAACAAAUGGUAUUUCCUUGUUUAAAGGGUUAUUUAUUUCAAAUUUCACUUUCAGACAUAUUUACCCAACCUCCUGUUUUUCCAAGUCUGCAUGAGUUUAUUUCCUCAGUGGAGCUCAAAAUGGAUGUCAGUUCACAGGUUUGGGACAACAUGAGGGUGAGUAAAUAAGAAUAUAAUUUUUAUUUUUGGG